UUUAUUAUCGCGGCUCUACAUUCGACUCUGCAUCAGCUUUUCACUCCGUGAGCGUCGUUCAGUGUGGCUUCAGUUCCGAAUUUUUCGCCAGGAAAAACGCGAAUUUCGGCCCGAAUACAAGUAGGUUCCCCGUGGGAACCACCAGCAAGUGAAGGUUUGCCGCCCGGCGGUAGUUUUGAUUGGUGGAAGGAGUUGAAAUUCUGCGCGGAACAGCGAUACUAUCGCUGGAAAGAUUUUUAGUCUGAAGGAAGGAAGAAGAGUAGGGGUGUUCUGUGUGUGUGCGCGAAGAACAACAGCCGGGAAGAGAUUUUCCGCGCGGCCGUCUCCAGUGUUUUCUUAUCAUUUUCCCCGCUAAUUUUUUGCAGUAAUUGAAGUUUGAAGUACCGUGCUUCAGUAAAGAGUGGGUGUGUUCAGAAAGUGGAAUCAGUGCUCGUCAGCAGAGCAAAUAGCGGAAUCAGCGAUUUUUCGUUUCUGACGGAAGAGGCAAGCCGUAGCGCGUCACCCAAAAAUGACCGACAGUAAAGGAUACGCUGUGAAUGAUCUCGUCUGGGCCAAGAUGAAGGGCUUCUCGCCCUGGCCCGGUCGUAUAUCUGAGCCACCGGCAGAGCUUCGUCGUAUAACUGUUAAGAAAAACAUUCCCGUUCGGUGUAUUUUCUUCUUUGGCUCCAACAAUUAUGCAUGGAUCGAGGAGACGCAAAUCAAGCCAUAUCAUGAGUUCAAAGAAAAGUUGCUUUCAUCGUGCAAAUCGGCGGGUUUUAAGGAAGCUGUCCAGCAGAUCGAAGAAUUCAUUGCGACUCCAGAGAAAUUUCAGCAUCUUUUCUCUUCUGAGGCGGAAAAUCGUCCGGAUCCGGACGUCGAAUUCAACAAGCUUCGUGAAGGAUCUACCGAAAGCGAGGAAACAUCCGUCAAUAACACUACAACUCCGGCAGCGCUGGAAACUGUCGAAUCCACGCCAACCACGGCGAAGAAAACCGCAGCCAGGAAGAAAGUACGUGCCUCUCUGCCCAUCAAGUUGAACGUAGAUAAGGUGGCUGCCUCCACAACCAAGGCCCGUUCGAUAGGUAACAAAGCGAAGGCAGCGGCUCUUGACGAUGCAACUUCGCCGAAGCGCAAACGGAAAAUUUUGAACGAUACGGCGGGCGACGUCUCCUCAAUAGAUCUGGACACCUUCUCGCCGGUCCGUCGCAAUGUACCUGUUUCGCAUCUGCUGAAUCGUCCGACGGUUGCCCGUCCGGCGACUCCGGAAAUCGACAUGUCCAGCGUAUCGAACGCCCUCCAGUCGCGCAACAUUCAGGCUUCGAAUCUAAAGUUCGGCUUCCUUGGGCUCGGCAUCAUGGGCUGUGGAAUCGUGAAGAACCUUCUCAACUCGGGCCAUUCGGUUGUUGUUUGGAACCGAACGGCCACUAAGUGCCGGAAGUUCCAGGAAGCCGGUGCCGAGAUCGCCGACACCCCGUCGGACGUGAUCGAGAUGACGGACGUGACGUUCUCGUGCGUUUCAGAUCCACAGGUUGCCAAAGAUUUGGUAUUCGGCAAUUGUGGCGUUAUGUCGGCCAAUCUGGUUGGCAAGGGCUAUGUCGAGAUGACCGGUGUCGAUCCGGAAACGUCACAAGAUAUUGCCGAGCAGAUUAUCUCCAAAGGUGGACGGUAUCUGGAAGCACAAAUUCAGGGAUCGAAGAACCAGGCCGAAGAGGGCACGCUAAUAAUCCUGGCUGCCGGCGAGCGGUUGCUGUUCGAGGAGUGCCAGACCUGUUUCGAGGCCAUCUCGCGAAAUUCGUUCUACCUGGGCGACGUGGGCAAUGCGACCAAGAUGAACCUGGUCCUGCAGAUGAUUUCCGGCGUGAUGUUGGCCGGCAUUGCCGAAGGGCUGGCGUUGGCUGAUCGAGCGGGACUGCAACAGAAGGACGUUCUGGAGGUGUUGGAACUGACGAGCAUGUCGUCGGAAAUGCUUAUGCAAAAGGGAAAUGCAAUCAUCAAGGGCGAAUUCCCGACCCACCAGCCGCUGAAGCACAUGCAGAAGGACCUCAAGCUGGCCCUGAACAUGGCGGACGGACUGGAGCAGUCGCUUCCGAUCACGGCCGCAUCGAACGAAGUGUACAAGCAUGCAAAACGCCUUGGCUACGGUUCACACGAUGCCAGCGCAGUUUACGUGCGGGCAAGGUUUUAACAGCGACUGGUCGGAACGAAGAAGGUGACGACGACGGCGGAGGCGAAGGUCCUGCCAGUGGCGGGGGACGUCUAAGUAAUGAAACGACGACGACGACGACGAGUAUGUAAGGGCAAAGACCAAGAAGACAGACACACAUGGGCGCAAUACACACGCAUCCACCGCGGCACCCUUCUGUUUGGGUGUGCGGCAGCUGCUGCCUUUGCGUCUGUGUAUGCGGUUUGAAGGAUUAGAUUUAGUAGCUAUUUUUUGUUUUCUUUUUAGUAGCAAAAAAAUCCCGUUUCUGAAAAGCGCGCACGUGAGAAGGAUGGUAAUUUCGAUUUACCAGUUUAACGAUAAGACCACAUUUUUCCGGAGAGAAAUAAAUUCCGGUAAAACUUUUUCGACCCAUAACGCAACUCUUUCGUGCACACUCUCAUUGCAAAACAAACAGAUCAGGAGCUAAGUAUGGAGAGCACAUAUUUUAUUGUACUAGUUUUUUUCUUUUCUUUCGAAAACGGUAGGGUUAGGUUGAAUGUUCUAUUUCCUUGAGGAAAAAAAGGAAACAAGUCGUCUCUAUUGAAACAAAAAAAAAAGCAAGCAAAUUUUGCCUAUAUAGUUUUACAAUGAUAAGUUUUAUUGAAGGAAGAAAAUAUAAAAAUGCAAAGAUGGUUCGAAGUCCUGCUCCGUUGAUUUAUUUCUAAUUCUUUGAAUUUUAUUGCAAAACGAAAGCUACUUUCUUCUAGUUAAGUGGAUGAUUAGUUUAGGGUACAACUAUCGAACCGUAGUUCAUCAAUACCCACAACAAUAGUGAGGGACGGUGUCAUUUCAAACGCUCUUUUGGAGAAACCAGCAUAUAUUUUAUUUUCCUAUGUUCAAACAUUUUUCUCCACAACACAGGCGAACAAUUAAAAAAAAAACUGGAAAAAACAGUAGCAACAAAACACAAGCAUAAUGGAUUUCUAUUUUCGUGGAACAAGUGGAACGUAUAAUAAAAAAAAAGUGUUUAAACCAAUGGU